AUGCUGCGUAAGUACCUGCCACCUCGUGAUUCCCCCUGCCUAGAGUUGUUAACAUUUUACGUUCGAUUAUUUAAUUAUUUCUUUCUUUUUUUCCUUCUUUCAUUCAUUCUUUCUUUCUUUCUUUCUUCAUUUCUUUCUUUCUUUCUUUUCCCUCAUUUCUUUCUUUCUUUUCUCAUUUCUUUCCUUUUUUCUUUCUUUCUUUCUUUCUUUCUUCUCUAUUUCUUUCUUCCAUUCUUUCUUUCUUUCUUUCUUUCUUUCUUUCUUUUCUGUUUCUUUUUUCCAUUCUUUCUUUCUUUUCUCUCUUCUCUAUUUCUUUCUUUCUUUCUAAUUGUCUUUAUUCAUCUAUUUAUUUCCUCCUUUCUUUCUUUCUUUCUUUCUUUCUUUCUUUCUUUCUUUCUUUCUUUCUUUCUUUCUUCUCCAUAUCUUUCUUUCUUCAUUCUUUCUUUCUUUCUUUCUUUCUUUCUUUCUUUCUUUCUUUCUUCUCUAUUUCUUUCUUUCUUCCAUUCUUUCUUUCGGUUCUUUUUUCUCUAUUUCUUUCUUUCUUUUUUCUCCUCUAUUUCUUUCUUUCUUUCUUUCUUUCUUUCUUUUUUCUUCUCUAUUUCUUUAUUUCUUUCUUCUCUAUUUCUUUCUUUCAUUCUUUCUUGCUUUUCUCUCUUCUCUAUUUCUUUCUUUCUUUUCUUUCUUCUUUCUUUCUUUCUUUCUUCUCUAUUUCUUUCUUUCUUUCUUUUUUCUUUCUCCUCUAUUUCUUUCUUUCUUUCUUCCAUUCUUUCUUUUUUUCUUUCUCCUCUAUUUCUUUCUUUAUUUCUUUCUUUCUUUUUUUCUUUCUCCUCUAUUUCUUUCUUUAUUUCUUUCUUUCUUUUUUCUCUCUUCUAUAUUUCUUUCUUUCUUUCUAAUUGUCUGUCUUUCUUCCUUACUUUUUGUCAAUUUUCCGUUUUACAAUCGGUUAUUCAUUUAUUUAUUUCAUUCAUUCUUUCUUUCUAUCCAUCUUUCUUUCUUUCUUUGUUUUUGUCUCUAUUUCCAUUUUACUUUCCGUUAUUUAUUUAUUUCUUCUUUCUUUCCUGCUUUCUUUCCUUCUUUUCUUUCAUUCUUUCCUUCUUUUCUUUCUUUCUUUCCUUCUUUUCUUUCUUUCUUUCUUCGUUUUUAUCUUUCUGUUUUUUCUUCCUUUCUUUUUAUCUAACUUCGACCUUUUUACUUUCAAUCUCAUUUUUCUUUCUUUCUAACUUUCAUUUUUCGCAUAUUCUUUCAUCUUCUCAUUCUUUCUUUGUUUCUAUUCUUUCUUUCCGUAUUUUUUGUUUCUUUCUUUUUGUUUAUCGCCUUUGUUUUUUUCUUUCCGUAUUUUUUGUUUCUUUCUUUUUGUUUCUCGCCUUUGUUUUUUUCUUUCCGUAUUUUUUUGUUCUUGCUUUCUUUCUUUUGUCUUUCUUUUGUCUUUUUUACUCUGGAAUUUUUCUUUUUUAUUUGUUUCAUUUUUUCUUUUUUUCUUUCCGACUUUCUAAUAUUCUCACCCUUUGUUCCUUUCCUUCUUUCUCCAUUCUUUUCCUUUAUUCUUUCAUUCUUUCCUUCUUUCAUUCUCCUCCUUCUUUCUUUCAUUCUCCUCCUUCUUUCUUUCAUUCUCUUCCUUCCUUCUUUCUUCUAUUCUCUUCUUUCUUUUAUUCUUUCCUUCUUUCUUUCAUCCUCUUCCUUCUUUCUUUCAUUCUCUUCUUUCUUUCUUUCAUUUCUCCUCCUCCUUUCUUUCUUUCUUUCUUUCUUUCUUUUUUCUUUCUUUCUUUCUCUCCCUUCUUUCUUUCAUUCUCCUCCUUUCUUUCUUUCUUUCUUUCUUUCUUUCUUUCUUUCUUUCUUUCUUUCUUUCUUUCAUUCUCUUCCUUCUUUCUUUCAUUCUCCUCCUUUCUUUCUUUCAUUCUUUCUUUCUUUCUCUUCCUUCUUUCUUUCAUUCUCCUCCUUUCUUUCUUUCUUUCUUUCUUUCUUUCUUUCUUUCUCUUCCUUCUUUCUUUCAUUCUCCUCCUUUCUUUCUUUCUUUCAUUCUUUUCCUUCUUUCUUUCAUUCUCCUCCUUUCUUUCUUUCAUUCUUUCUUUCUUUCUCUUCCUUCUUUCUUUCAUUCUCCUCCUUUCUUUCUUUCUUUCUUUCUUUCUUUCUUUCUUUCUUUCUUUCUUUCAUUCUCUUCCUUCUUUCUUUCAUUCUCCUCCUUUCUUUCUCUUCCUUCUUUCUUUCAUUCUUUUCUAUCUUUUAUUCUUUUCAUUCUUUCUUUUUUUUUUUUACUUUGAGAGAAAUAUAUUUUGGUUUUUUAAACACGGAAUAUUGCAAAAAGAUCUAUUUCAAUUCGUUCGUAUCUAUCUAUCUAUCUAUCUAUCUAUCUAUCUAUCUAUCUAUCUAUCUAUCUCAGUCUGUUUCUUUCUUUCUUUCUUUCUAUCUAUCUAUCUAUCUAUCUAUCUAUCUAUCUAUCUAUCUAUCUAUCUCAGUCUGUUUCUUUCUUUCUUUCUAUCUAUCUAUCUAUCUAUCUAUCUAUCUAUCUAUCUAUCUAUAUCUGAGUUCGUCUUCAUAUUCUCCUAUCAUGUCUCUUCAGAUGUCUCUCUAACUCACAAUCUCUCUAUAUAUAUCAGUACAUUUCUCUCUCUCGCUCUCUUUCUCUCUCUCUCUCUCCCACUCUCUCUCUCUCUAUCUAUCUAUCUAAAUCUCUUAUCUCUAGUUCGUCUUCUAUUUUUCUAUCGUCUCUUCAGAUCUCUCUCUCUCUCUCAAUAUAUAUAUAUAUAUAUAUAUAUACAUAUAUAUAUAUAUAUAUAUAUCAAUUCAUUUCUCUCUUUUCUCUCUCGUUCGAUCUAUCUAUCUAUCUAUCUAUCUAUCAAAAUCUCUUUAUAUCUGAGUUCGUCUUCUCUCUUCGUAUUUUUUAUCUAUCAUGUCUCUUCAGAUGUCUCUCUACCUCACACACCCUCUCUCUAUAUAUCAGUUCAUUUCUCUCUCUCUCUCUCUCUCUCUCUCUCUAUUUAUCUAUCUAAAUCUCUUUUCUCGGUAUCUGGGUUCGUCUACUCUCCUCGUAUCUUUUCAUCAUGUCUCUUCAGAUCUCUGUCUCUCUGUCUUUCGCCUUCUCUCUUCGUAUUUUUCUAUCACGACUCUUCAAAAUAUUUCUCUUUCUCUCACACUUUCACUUUAUAUUUAUCAGUUCAUUCUCUCCCUCCCCAUCUAUCUAUCUAUCUAUCUAUCUAUCUAUCAUCUAUCUAUCUAUCUCAGACUCUUAUCUGCAUAUCUGAGUUCGCCUUCUCUCUUCUUCAUUCUCUCUCCCUCCCCCCUAUCUAUCUAUCUAUCUAUCUAUCUAUCUAUCUAUCUAUCUAUCUCAGACUCUUAUCUGCAUAUCUGAGUUCGCCUUCUCUCUUCGUAUUUUCUAUCACGACUCUUCAAAUAUCUCUCUUCUCUCACACUUUCACUUUAUAUUUAUCAGUUCAUUCUCUCUCCCUCCCCUAUCUAUCUAUCUAUCUAUCUAUCUAUCUAUCUAUCUAUCUAUCUAUCUAUCUAUCUCAGACUCUUAUCUGCAUAUCUGAGUUCGCCUUCUCUCUUCGUAUUUUUCUAUCACGACUCUUCAAAUAUCUCUCUUUCUCUCACACUUUCACUUUAUAUUUAUCAGUUCAUUCUCUCUCCCUCCCCUAUCUAUCUAUCUAUCUAUCUAUCUAUCUAUCUAUCUAUCUAUCUAUCUAUCUCACUCCGUUUCUUUCUAUCUAUCUAUCUAUCUAUCUAUCUAUCUAUCUAUCUAUCUAUCUAAAAUUCUUAUAUCUGAGCUUGCCUUCUCUCCUCAAUCUAUCUAUCUAUCUAUCUAUCUAUCUAUCUAUCUAUCUAUCUAUCUAUCUAUCUAAACUUGUCCCUAUCUAUCUAUCUAUCUAUCUAUCUAUCUGUAAGUCUGUUUGUUCCCCACCCCCAGUCUUAUCCCUUUCUGAUCGGUCAGCGUUUAUUUUUUCUUCCCUGUCCCUAAUCCCAUAUGCCACAUGUCUCGCUCUUUAA